AUGUCCGACCCCACCAUGAACAGCCCGGACGGUGCUGGCAAGCGCAAGCGGGAGGGCUCGGAUGAUCUGGGCCAUGAUGCACAGCGUCUAAAUCGUUCGUCACACGGCAGCAACGGCAGCAUGGGCGAUAACCAACCCAACUUCGGUCACUCCAUGGGUUACGACCACGGCCUGGGCAACCCCGGAUCGGAGCUGAACAUCGACCAACAGAUUCUCCAGCAUGUGGGCCCCCAGAAUGGCCUGUCCGACAACAACUCGCUCACAGCGGACGCGAAAGCCGCGCUGGCCGCCCAUCACGUCCCUCAACAUCAGAAGUACCCACCGCCCCCAGAGGCAGCCUUCGACGCAAACAACCUCACUCAAGGCUUGAGUUUCGGGGAUGACAUGGGCCAAGGCCCUAUCCCGGGUGCCCACAAUCACAACUCUACAGCCGCUGCGGUCUAUGCGGCCCGUGAGGCCCAGAGUAUGAAUCAGAAGCCCACCGUCGGCUCUCCGGAAUGGCACCAGAUUCGCAAGAACAACCACAAAGAGGUUGAACGCCGUCGUCGCGAAGCCAUCAACGAGGGUAUUAACCAAAUCGCGCGCCUCGUACCGAACUGCGAUAAGAACAAGGGCGCUAUACUUCAACGUGCCAUCGAGUACAUCUGCCAGUUGCAAGAAGAGAAGAAGAAUAUUGAUGAGCGGUUCGAGCAGCACAGCCUCACAGCCACCCAUGCCAUCAACGAGAUCAGCGCCUCCAACCAGAAGCUCAAGCAGGAGGUCAGCCGGCGCAAUGGAAUCGCACUCAAGUGGCUCCAGAGAUGCCGCGAUGCUGGUCUCGACUUUGAUGACUACGAGGAUUCGAAAGAGCUUGAGACUUUUGACUUGGAGUAA